CGGUCCCAUUCUCCCUCCAUCCGCGCCUGUCAGUCACUCCGUUCAAAACCUCACAUACCGUCACUUCCACGGCACCGAACGCACGUCUCUACUCUACCAAAAACGCCGUACACGACCAGCAGCUCCAAACAACCCUUCGCGCGCGCUCCCACCGCCCAGCCAUGGCCACCGUAAAGAUGGAGCUGGACGACACGCCCGCAAUCAAAGCGGAGCCAGGGCUCGGGUCGCCGGGCGGCUACGUCGACGUCGACGACGACGUCUUCGAGGACACGGGCGAGCUGAGCAUCCCCGCCGAUUUUGGCGCGCAGAACGUGUGGUUGUCGCGCGUGCCGAUUUGGCUGUGGGAGGCGCUGGUGAGCGCGGAGGAUGACGAGGAGCUCGAGAUUGGGAAGCUGAUGCGGUGGGAGGAGGGCGGGGAGCAGAAGUCGAAACUCAUAUUAAGGCAUGACCUGCCGAGGUUCAUGGAUGUCCCGAAGGAAUACCAGGUCAACGCCGUUAAUGAUAAUCCCAUUAAUACGUUUAUAUUUUCUGAGAAGGACUUGGAGGGCUAUAACCCGAAUGCGUAUAAGCGGCCCGGCCAGCAGCGACCAGGACCCUACAACGACCGGAUCCGCGACGGACGCAUCGAAAGGUUCCGACGAGGCAAAAAGCCGAUCCCCAAAAACACCGCACUGGCCGCACGGUCAGCGCUAGACAUCUCGUGCGUGCCGGUCGAAAACGAAGAGCUAUUCGCGUUCCGGGCACGCGAAACCGCAAAGACGCAAAAAAUGAGCAAACGGCUCGUGCUCGAGCAAGACCUCCGCAAAUUCACCAAACUCAUCGGCGGCAUCACGUCCAGCACGAACGUGAUCAAGACCUCCAUAGGCACCAAGCCCAAGGCCAAGGCGCAGGAGAAUAAGUACGCCCGCAUCCCGCAGAACGAACUUCUGGAUAUGCUGCUCCAGCACUUUAAGGAGUACCGGUACUGGCCCAUCAAGUCGCUUAAGGAGAAGACGCAGCAGCCCGAGUCGUAUUUGCGGGAGACGCUGGCCAAGAUCGCGACGCUUGUUCGGACGGGCCAGUACGCCAAUACUUGGAUGCUGAAUCCGGAGGCCGAGGUCGCGAAUUACGCUGAUGUGGAGAUGGCCGCUGUCAAGGAGAUGGCGCCGGAGCCGGAGUUUGCAGAGGACGAAGAGGACGAGGACGAGGGCGACGACGAGAUGGUCGAUGUGGUUUGAGGCGGCUAGGGGCUGUUGAUACCGAGUCUGUGUCUGCCUGCCUGCCUGCCUGUCGGAGUGCAAAGCGUCGUGGCGCGGCGUUGCAGGCCGGAAACGCCUGGUACUUUGACGACGAUGACGACAACACAACCCUGUCCGCAAGCAGGACUCGCCCCAUCAUCCAGCACCACAAGCGAAGAAGGAACAACCUCACUCUCAACGCGCACCAAGGGUUCGCCGCAUCCCAAACCACA